UUUGGCUUUGCCUCCCAUCAGGUAAGGCACCUGUAUAUCUGCGAUUUCCACAAAAAUUUCAUCCAGAGCGUACGGAAUAAACGAAAGAGGAAGACAAGUGACGAUGGCGGCGAUUCUCCGGAGCAUGACACCGACAUUCCUGAGGUCGAUCUGUUCCAGCUGCAGGUGAACACUCUACGACGUUAUAAACGACACUACAAAUUGCAGACCAGACCAGGCUUCAAUAAGGCCCAGCUAGCAGAAACCGUCAGCCGACACUUCAGGAACAUACCCGUGAAUGAGAAAGAGACCCUAGCCUAUUUCAUCUACAUGGUGAAGAGUAACAAGAGCAGGCUGGAUCAGAAAGCGGAGGGCGGCAAACAGCUCGAGUGAAGGCGCACCUGGAGGUGGCGUGCCUGAUGGCCAGGUGAUGGUUAAGUCCAUGAAGACUGUUCAGUUUCAUUGUAAAUAAAAAUGUUUGAUGAAUACUGUACAUCUUUUUGGCCGGGAGGAUCAUAUUCUCAUGAUUCAGCAUGUGUAUAGAAAGAAUUUCCUUUUUUGAAGAAAAAAAUGGAUCAUAAAAAGAUAGAAGAUAGAAAAACUAUGUAUUGCAGCAAUUAACAAAGCAUUAAGUCAAUUCUACUGGAAAUGUGGGAUAAAAAAAAUAGCAACUUAUAGUGCCAGGCUGCCACAGCGUGAGCUGCAGCAAGGCCUGGCGGCAGGUUGGACUUGUACACUGCCCUCUGGGGACCUACAAGCUUCCCUUCACUGAAAGCUUUGUUCAUCAGCAAGUCAGUUUGGCGCUGGUCCUCCUCAUCGCUCUGUGCUCCUAGUAGGAGGGAAGCACCCAGUCAGGAUUGGUCAGCAAAUUGCCAGCUUAGUGCCAGUCUUGUCACAGCUGCUUCACACCUCUGGUAACUGAGGUGACUACUGCCAUUCCUCUUGCUUGCCACUUCACCGCUAGCAAACCCUGAUGCUCAGCACAGAGAUUUCAAAAUCAAAGCCAGAUGUUAGGGGGCAGUCGGAUGUUCAGAGCUGCAUGUUCAUCUUCCAGAACCAUGAAUAUAAAGGCCGUCACAGGAAAACAAGUCCUUUGCAGCCCCUCGGCAUCACUCUGGGGCAAGGUUGCUUUUAUGGCUUCAGCUGUUCCCCUAGGACAUGGCUGCUUUACAUGACUCGGGGCUAAUGUCUCAGAGGUGCCAGUCCAGCUACCAGGGAAGCUGCCCGGCAGUACUGUGGAGGAGAGUCGGGAGCUCAUGGCUCAGCACUGUGGCCACCCUGCCUCCAUGAGUCCACAGUCGUAACCGCAAAGGCCAUGCCACUGAUGAUCAUGUUUGUGUGUGAUUUGGCUCCCUCUGAGGGAGAAAGUGCUAAAAUUAUUUUCUAAGAAAGUAUUAAUAAUUAACUUUAAAAAAAUACAUUCAACAAGUCAGAUUCUUCUCUCUAAUUAUAUCAGAGCCAAAGUCUCCUGUGAAAACAAAGCUUUAUCCAAAAGCAUGCUUUUUCAAAUUUUGUAAUCAGGGUGUUGAAGGGCAGAGGGUGGGAAGAAAUAAAGGCAUUUGGAUUUGGAUUUCUGGCCAUCUUGCUGCAUAUCAUGGUCAAAAGUGUCAUUUUCCCUCUCAGCUUCAAGUCUGAGUUCUUUGUUAAGCCUUACUCAUAGGAGGAACGGCAGGCUGCCUAGCAGAGAGCCUUCCUGUUGCUUAGACGGCCUAAUCUCAGCGCCAACACAGAGGAGGCAGGGCUUCUGUCCCAGGGGAGUAGGUGGCAGUGCCUGAAGGCCACCCCCCCUUUCCCCGGGCAGAGCACACGCCCUCUGUGGGUGGGUUCAGCCACAAACGGAAACGACUUGUGUGCCCCUGCAGCCAAGCUUUCACCAGUGUUCAACUGCACGUUUAUCAGAUUGCUGCCUUUUCAAAUGUGUCAAUGAAUAUGCUCUGGGCCGUGUGGGAACAUAUGUUCACACCCUCCUGGUUGCGGAGAACGGUCAAGGUGCUCUCAUAGUGUUUUCCACAUUCAGAUUCAGUGUGUAUCUGGAGAUUUCCUAACUGCUUAACAGCUUGAGAACAUUGGUGGCAUCGGGCAUCCAGAAGGGUCAAAGGUAGGGCGUAUUUGGCUUUUUUCCUUGCAGGCUGAGUUAGAAAGGCUCAGAAGACAUCCCACAGCACGCCCCUGUGUUUGCCAGUGCCGAGUGUUUCCUCGCAGGGCUGCUGGGGCCUGUCGGCUGAGGGCUCAGUAACCUGCCGUCUGGAUACCUCCACAGUUUUUUAGAAGCAUUUUUUUCUCUAACAUUGAGCCCGAAAUUGUCAGACAAGGCAGCGUGUCACUGUCUCUCUAACAGCCGAUCUGUGUUCCCAGUGGAGACAGUGCAUUUCUCUACAGCAAGCUGUGGUGUCGGAAUCCAUCUGCUUACGUGCCGUUCCGAAGGGGCGCUGAGGGAAGCACUGCACCUUCAGCCGGAUCCCGUGCUCGCGCUCACUCCAGGCCCAGGCCGGCUUGCCUCUAAAGGAAGGUGCUUAUGGAAAGCGAAGGUUGUGGGUAGCUUUUCCUUCUUUGAAAAUAGGUCAGGUGAGAGAAAAGGCAGAAACCAUCUGAACUUUUUUCCACCCCCAUGUGCAAAACUCUGUUUUCUCAUCAAGCCACUUGCCUUAGUCUCUCCUGCCAUUUCUGCUGGCUUGAUCUGUGGCCACAUGGCUUCUGCCAGUGAGAGAGGGCCAGGCCUCCCGAGCAGCGGGCUCCGGCUGGCUUCACUGAGCAGGGGGCCUCGGGAGGAGUAAGUUCAUCUGGGCUGCUGGGUUUGUACACCACCUUCCUCCACCUGUGACCAGCAGCGCUGCCUUCUUUCCUCUUGGUGCUCCUGGGCAAAACUGGAAUCCAAAAUCUAGAAUGGGCACUGUCAUCUCCUUAGAAACGCACUGUUCCUGCCCUGGCCUGGCCUCGUAUGUGACUUUCAUAGACCCGGAGGUUGUCACAAGGACACACCACUAUCCUGCCAUUCAUGUGACUUUGUUUUAAGGUCUUUAAAGCCAAACAGACAAACUUCUCAUGUCAAUGAACAGACUCUUCAUUUGGCACCAGCAUGUGAAAGGAUCACUCAUGGCCGAAUCCCAGGAAGGGUUGAGAACCAAAGGAUUCAAGACCAGUGUUGUAACUGCACUCAUGUGUUACACCUGCCAAGUGAUUGGGGCUCCUGUCAUAGUUAAUAGUCACUGAGAGCCUUUCAGGGAAUGGAUAUUAAUCACUGUUUGCUGCCAGAAUGUUGUGUCUAGCUUCGGUAUCUGGGCUGUUUCUUUUUUGUUGUUGUUAAUAUCUUACAGAGCAGCUGUCUGGUGGGGAAGAGAAGGUGAGAGGAAACUUGGGGGGUCUUUCCUGUUAAAGCAGGCUGCCCCAGGUAUGUAUUCCAGAGGGGCGACUCUGUAGAAAUCAUCAGAAGACACUGUAAAGACUCAGCCAUUACAAUGAUAAGCUCUGAGUGGGGAAGGACCUGUGUGUCAUCCAGCCUGGGCUCUCCAUCACUGCUUACAAUCUGUCCACAACCGCGCCACCAUAGGACCAGAGAACUCACUACCUCUUGGGGAGCCUGUUCUAUCUCUGUAAACCACUGGCUCUCCUGCAUUCUCCGUCAUCUCCAUCUUAGUCUCUGCCCCAUCAGGCCCCACUAAACAAGCUGCCAAUUGGCUGUGCUUCCCGAAAACUGGCCCGUGCCGUUCUUCAUAGGAGCAUGUCAGGGAGCGCCCUGCUUGUGUUCUCCAUGAACCUGGUGGAAUGGGGUAGGGGCAGGCACUGUCAGCCUGCUUUAAAAAAGUGACCGGAGAUGACAGGAUGUAUUCUGUGUCCGUCUGUGUCUCCCCUACCCCCACCCCCCACCCCAAAUUGAUGUUGCCAGUUUCACUUAGGACCCAUUUCAGGUGACUUUUAAAAUAUUACCGUUGUUCCAUGUGGAGUCUAGAGGGUCCAUGGCUGCCAGCGGCCGGUCCAUUAAAUACAGCUCUGCAGGUUCACACACUGCUUUUAUUGAGAAAGCAAAGCCUGGAGCUUGAGGAGGAAACCGUAUGUUUCAGGCGCAGAACAAGGCCAUAGUUUCUGGCUGGAAAGCCCAUGAAGGGUGCUUUGGUUCAAUCCUCUAGUCUUAGAGAUGGGAAAACUAGACCUGAGGGCCUGGCAUCAGGGCUGGCUUCUCGUUUUCCCGGCUUGCAGACUAACGUCUUCAGUCCAGGCUGAAGCCAGUUGCCCUCACAGUCUUGAGACCUUGCAACUGAGCCCGUUCCCAAGGUCAACUGGCCCUCAAGGACUAUGAGAGGGCUUGCGGAACUCAAGGUUGAGUCUAGUCCGAGGUCAGAGUGCGGAAGCCGUGGAGGGAGAAGAAAGUUUGUCCUAGCAUCCAGAUUCUCACAGAACGGGCUAGUCGGAUCGGGGUGCAGCCUCACAGUCCUCCUUACUAAGCUGGGCCAUCAACGGAGAGACAGCUGAGCUCAAGGACAUGCCCUGGGGAGCCUGAUGCCUUAGGAGAUGCCCCUUUACCGCCUUUUACUGCAUUACAGACUGCCCCACCAUCUCGGGGAGGAGGCGUUCUGAGGUGUACCUAGCCUGGGGUGAGGGAGGAGGACCCAUUCUUGAGGUAGAAAUGCCUGCCAGCAGCUCUCUCCUCCUGCUGCGUCUUCACACUGACUCUCCGGAUGCCUCACUUAAGGAACACACGUUGCCAAUGACAGCGGGCUGGGCUGGAGCCCUGUGUCUGCAUUUCUAUUAUCCGUUACUAUGCCUGACAGAGUGCAUUGUGGGGAGUUUGUUUGGAGGUUUGUUUUUGCUCUUUUUCUUCCCCCACUUUAUUUCAUUUUUAACUGCCUUACUGAAAAGCAAGUGCCCUUCCAUCCCAGGCUUCUUCCUGUUGUACUUUUUCCUGCCAAAUUUGGGAGAUCAUUUGUAUUUUGAUCUUUGUAACCUAUGGCUCUGUACUGUUGAAAGGCGGUCAAUUCUGUGGGGUCUCCUGAGUAUACAUCUGACUUCUCGUGUUGUAACAGCACACAGAUGGGAUGGCCCCCCGUCGCUCUGAAUAAACGAUCUGAAUGAAUCACAA